UCUCUCCUCCCAGACUCCCAACAUGGCUGAGCAGCUCGUCCUUCGCGGUACCCUUGAGGGUCACAAUGGCUGGGUUACCUGCCUGGCUACCUCUCUGGAGAACCCCAACAUGCUGCUCUCUGGCAGUCGCGACAAGACCCUGAUCAUCUGGAACCUGACCCGCGACGAGCAGGCCUACGGUUACCCCAAGCGCAGCCUUGAGGGUCACUCUCACAUCGUCUCUGACUGUGUGAUCUCCUCCGACGGUGCCUACGCUCUGUCCUCCUCCUGGGACAAGUCCCUCCGCCUGUGGGAGCUCUCCACUGGUGAGACCACCCGGACUUUCGUCGGCCACACCAACGACGUUCUCUCCGUUUCUUUCUCCGCCGACAACCGCCAGAUUGUCUCCGCUUCCCGUGACCGCUCCAUCAAGCUCUGGAACACCCUUGGUGACUGCAAGUUCACCAUCACCGACAAGGGCCACACCGAGUGGGUUUCCUGCGUUCGCUUCAGCCCCAACCCCCAGAACCCCGUCAUCGUCUCCGCUGGUUGGGACAAGCUCGUCAAGGUUUGGGAGCUCGCUUCCUGCCGUCUCCAGACCGACCACAUCGGUCACACCGGCUACAUCAACGCCGUCACCAUCUCCCCCGAUGGAUCCCUCUGCGCCUCCGGUGGCAAGGACGGCACCACCAUGCUCUGGGAUCUCAACGAGUCCAAGCACCUCUACUCCCUCCACGCCGGUGACGAGAUCCACGCCCUCGUCUUCUCCCCCAACCGCUACUGGCUGUGCGCUGCUACCGCCAGCAGCAUCACCAUCUUCGACCUCGAGAAGAAGAGCAAGGUUGACGAGCUCAAGCCCGAGUACGUCGAGAAGGGCAAGAAGAGCCGCGACCCCGAGUGUGUCAGCUUGGCCUGGAGCGCUGACGGCCAGACUCUGUUCGCUGGUUACACCGACCACAAGAUCCGCGCUUGGGGUGUCAUGUCGAGGGCAUAGAUUGAUACCCAUCAAGUAAUCCAAGGGACGGUGUUGAGAUUUUAGCGGAGGAGAGAAAUCAAAUAACAAAGAUAUCUGUUUUUUAUUUUUUCCUUUUCCAAACACACACACACAAAAAGGGCAGGCAUUGGUUGGGAUGUAUGAGCCAUGAAGCAAUGAAAGCACCUCGGAGGGAGGGGAGUUCUCUCUCUUCUCUCCUGGGUUUUCACCUUGAACAUGUCUAGCUUUUACUUCGAGAUUUUCCGUUUCAUAGAAAUCCGAAUUGUCUGGAGUCUUGUGAAAGGGAUGACAUGCAAAAUUGUUCUAAUACCAUUUAAAAGACUGUUAAAAAGUUACACCCUAUCACUGGAGGAGAGACAUUGUAGACAUACUUUACCUUGCUACUUACUAUACUGUCUUUGGUAUCUCCGAUGCGGGGUCUGGUGAUGGUAUUAGUAUCUAUC